AUGAGUCGACUAUCAUUAUCACCAUCCGACAUCCUCCUCUACGUACUCGCCCUCUUCCUCCCCCCAGCGGCGGUAUAUCUCAAGACGGGGUUCAAUGGAGACUUCAUCAUCAACAUCUUACUGUGUAUAUUAUGGUGGUUCCCAGGCGUCAUUCAUGCCUGGUGGAUUCUCUACAGAUACGACAGGUCAUGGGCAGAAGAGGAAUCAUAUAUCCUCAAGCAAACGAGCGCACGAUACCACGGCACAAUAGCGGGGGGAAUAGAGAACAUGGUCACAGUGAAGAAGUACCAUCUCCCACCAACCUCGCUCGUUCCUAAUUCGCCACAUCCCCUCCUCCACUACCCUGGUCUCCUGUCAUCCACGAACACGACUGACGAGAGCAUCGCAACCAAGGCUCACGACCUCUUCGCGGCGAACGGUUGGGAAACGCAAUGGAUCUUCCGCUACGGCCCAUCGCAGCGAUCGCACUACCACUCCGCAGUGCAUGAGUGCAUGGCCGUGCUGACAGGGACGGCGACGAUCCGAUUCGGGGUCGCCGACACCGUCGCCGACCUGGACGAGAGCACCUACGGAUCCGGCAGGGAGGAGGGCGGCAUCGAAAUCGAAGCGCGGGCGGGGGAUGUGUUCAUCCUGCCCGCCGGCACGGCGCAUAAGACAUUCAACACGUCCCCGGCCGCGGAGUUCAAGCUCCUCACGCCCGGGGAUGGACAUGCAGUGGCCGGGCAAGGGAGCAGCACCAAGGACACGUUGGCCGGCAUCGAGCUCACCGGGUUCACCAUGAUCGGGGCGUAUCCCAAGGGCGGAGGUCACUGGGACUUUGCAAAGGGUGGUGAGGACGUGGGGAGGUUCGACAAGGUGUGGUCUGUGCCGAAGCCAGAGAAUGAUCCUGUGCUGGGUAAAGCAGAGGAAGGCCUUUGUGGGCAGUGGCAAUGA